CUCCCACUGAUGCGAACGACCUGAACAUGUACUUCGACCUGAACGUUCCCGUACCCGCGCCAGCGUCCUCUGUUACGAAGAAAGGGAAGGGCAAGCAGGGCCCCAUCACCUUCAGCGGGCCAGAAAUCAACGCGAUCGAGGCGCGCAUCGAGCUGCUUGUGCACUUAGGAUAUACUGCACUUGCCUUUACUCAGACAGUGCACAAGAAGAUAGACCCCAAGGUCAACGCCAAUAUCCUCGAUGUCCUCAUCCCCCAGUUACGGCCCCGGCCCGGGAUCCUCUAUCUGAAGAGGUUGAACAUCAUCUUGGACUCGGACAGUGAAAAGGGCUUUGGAUUGACCGGCAAUAACCAAUCCUUCCUCAACACCUACGACAUCCUCGGCCUCGUCCCCACCACCCUAUCCACCUUCAACCUCGCCUGCCUGACACAUAGCCAACCCUCGCCCCUCACCGCGCACAUCAUCACCGUCCCCUCUACACUCCCCCGCGUGCCAUUCUACAUGAAGCACACGCCUGUGCGCACGGCACUCAAGAAUGGUGCCGUGUUCGAGCUUACCUACGUAGGUGCUCUUGGCGGACGGAACGACGAGAUGAUGGUAGACGCGGGUGCUGCAGAGGACGGGCAGAACGCAAAGAAGAAUUGGUGGUCUGCGGCGCGCGAGCUUGCGCGAGUGACGAAGGGGAAGGGGAUUCUGGUCUCAAGCGGCGCGUGUAGCGACCCGGAUAUCCGUGCGCCACGAGACGUAGCGAAUCUGUUCAAUAUCGUCGGUCUCCCUCAAAACAUCGCCCACGAUACAUCCACCUUGAUACCCAAAUCCUUGCUCAUACGAGCACAAACACGGAAAACCUACCGCGCCGUAUUGUCCGAACCGAAGGUGGUCAUUCCGAACCAGUCGGCACCACCAACCUCAGGUGCAAAUGCUCAAGAGCCUGCAUCAGCGGUGCAGCAAGACACGCCACCAGAAGCAACCCCAGCAGCGCCAGCAGGCGCAGCAACUCCCUCAACACCGGCCUCCCACGGGAAGCGCCCUCGCGAGGACGGCGAAGACGGCGCCGCGCCUCAGCCCGGCUCCGUCGACGAGAAACGGAAGAAGAAGCGGAGGAAGCAGAAGCCGCAGACGCCUCAGUAGUUGACGCGCUCGCGUUUAUAUGUCUAGUGUACAGCCGAUAUCUUCGCGCUCACAUUCUCCCGUGCUGUGUGCUUGUCUAGUGCAGAUCGCUGCGUUCUCGUGCGCGACGAUUCAUGCCCAAUCCUACCUCUGCACCGUCCCAAUCCAAAUCUCGACGGGCCCCUCGCCGCGUCCCGUAAUAUCUUCCGCAGGGCGUGCGUAGCCGCAUCGCUCGGCGACCUGCAACACAACGAAUUGUCAGUAUUUCACGGACUUUGCUCCGGGACUAUGCGCGCAAUUGAGGGAGCGAAGAUGACGGAAGAACAAGACCUCUGACAAGCCACACACGCACCUUGACGAAAU